AUGUAUUCAGGCUAGCCCAAUCCUGAUCCUUUGGGUUCAUGCAAAUCGGACGUGGUGGGGUAUUGCCAUCCUUCUUGCUAUAUUACUUGGUACCCACUUCUUACAACGCCAAGUUCCUGACUUACACAUUGUACAAAGCCCAUUGGCUUAGGGGUUGUGUACUGCAACUCUGUCUGACUUCCUGCCAUCACCUCCAAUGCCACGCAUGGAUAUACCAAAUCAUCAGUUCGUGAUUCCUCUUUCAUGUCAUGUUUUAGCUCGGAGAAACGAUGCAGCAGCCGUGAUGGUCCGAAAUACAAAUCAACAUAUUGCUGCGGUUCGUCCUCGUUGCAUCGUUCUCUUGCUUUCAGAUUCCUUUCUUCUUUCGGAUCUGCAGGUCUCACUCAAGUUUAUCAGCAUCUACGCAUGAAGAUUACCUCCAGCAUCUUGAGGCAUGUCUUCAAAUUCCUCUACGGUGUGAAUAACGAUAUGAAAAUGUCAGGGCUUCUGGACUUGAGAGAGCUCGCCUGUCUCGACGAAGCUAAGCAUCCGAUGUUGUUACGACCAACUGCUUGCUUAUAAUGUCAAGAAGACGAUGAGAGGUCGAAACCGAGUGCGAGACUCUAAACUUUUACGGGCUUCGAUGGGAGGAGAACGCGAUUUUUGGGCAUCGAGAGAAGCAUAUAGAUCGACGUCGACAACGACACCACUGUGGACAGAGAACUCGAUUCUUACAGACGUAUCUGGCCGCCCGGCCAUUUCUCGGUGAUUCUCCGUGGCCACUGUGUUGGCGGUUUGGUCAUGAGAAGGCGUCUGCGUUGAAGUAUGACAGAUCGUCAACAGAACAGGCGUACUGAGGAAGAAGACGCGCAGAAGGAGAUGGACUGUCUAACAUGAAACGCCUCCUCACGAUGGAAUCAUGGUCUCGAAGGUCCACGACAAGCUUCACGUACCAGCAAGCAAUUCGGUUCGCCUCGUGGAGCUCGUUUGUGAAGAAACAUCGACGUUGCAGGAAGAGUCUGCAGCCGUGAAGAAGUUGUAGAUCCUUGAUUGUUGAAUUAUGGAGAAGGCGCGGCGUAACUCACGAAAUUGGUGUGAUAGGACGGACCCCGAUCUAAUUAGGCAUCGAUGUAAUCGUUCUGAUCACAAUGCAUGGGACUGUCAAUCCGAUCCUCCAAGUCGAGUGCAAAGAAGAAGAAUUGCGUUCCCUCUAGCUCAUCACUUACUGCUGCACGUAACCAGCUGCUAGGUCCCUGCGUUUUCUUCACUCCGCCUGUCCUCCAACUCUUCAAUUCGAAUGGCUCUUACGAUCCGACUUCUUCAUUCCUUAAUACUUUCUUCGCUCCGUAUCAUGCCAUUGGGUUCAUUUCACCAUAUAUCCUCGGAAAACUCGGCUCACAUACAUUUUGAUUUUCGCAGAGAGAACGGACUUUGAGGAAACCUUGGCACCAGAGGCGAGUGCACGAGGAUCUGCUACUAAUUCCCACGAUACAGUCUUGAUGCAAAUCAUAUGUUCUCCGAAGAAGCAUGUUUGUUUUCUUUUUAGUUACUCUUUGUAUCUUCAAUCAAACGGGAGUACUCCUCGCGAAUAAUGGAAUCGGCAACCGAUUGCCUUCACCGCAGGCAGGGUAGUCCAGGUUUUGGAUGAAGAGCCUGUAAGAGUUACAGGACUAGAUUUCCCUUGAGGAACUUAACAAACUGUAUCAAAACAGGUCUUACUGCCUAUUCGAUCAGGAAGAAGCAAAUCCUCUUCAAAGUUCGGAAUUACUCUGGGAAACGUACGUGAUGAGCUCAUGCUCAUCGAUGCACAAACG